CUCGCCCGGUGCAUUGUGGUCUAUGAGCUAAAGGAAGCUGCUGCACCGGAAUCUGAAGAAUUUGAGGUGUCCGCCAAGUCCGCUGUUCAUCUCCGGCUCGCCUCUCCGAGUCUCUCUAUCGGCGCUGUACUCUCUUGCGGACAGACUGUAAAAGGUGUAACAAGGAGAAAAAAUGUCUCAGGCUGACAAAAUGAAGCAGGGACAGUUCACCAACCCUGAGACUCCAGGGUACGUCGGAUUUGCCAACCUGCCGAAUCAGGUUCAUCGCAAGUCCGUAAAAAAAGGAUUUGAGUUUACAUUGAUGGUGGUAGGUGAAUCUGGACUUGGAAAAUCCACCCUGAUCAACAGCUUGUUCCUCACUGACCUUUACCCCGAGAGAGUCAUCCCUGGAGCAGCAGAAAAGAUAGAACGAACGGUUCAGAUCGAGGCAUCAACGGUAGAAAUCGAGGAGCGAGGAGUGAAGCUCCGUCUCACCGUGGUAGACACACCAGGAUACGGAGACGCCAUCAACAGCCAAGACUGUUUCAGCACCAUUAUCAGCUACAUCGAUGACCAGUUUGAGCGCUACCUCCAUGACGAGAGCGGUCUAAAUCGUAGACACAUUGUUGACAAUAGAGUUCACUGCUGCUUCUAUUUCAUUUCCCCGCUUGGCCACGGCCUCAAACCCCUGGAUGUUCAGUUUAUGAAGGCCAUUCACAAUAAGGUCAACGUGGUUCCUGUCAUCGCCAAGGCAGACACGCUCACCCUCAGAGAGAGGGAGAGGCUCAAGCGCAGGAUUCUGGAUGAGAUCGAUGAGCAUGGCAUCAAGAUUUACCACCUUCCUGAUGCUGAGUCGGAUGAGGAUGAGGACUUCAAAGAGCAGACCAGGAUCCUCAAGGCUAGCAUCCCAUUCGCAGUGGUGGGAUCCAACCAGCAGAUUGAGGCCAAAGGCAAGAAGGUGAGGGGCCGCCUGUACCCCUGGGGAGUGGUGGAAGUGGAGAAUCCAGAGCACAACGAUUUCCUCAAGCUGCGGAUCAUGCUGAUAACCCACAUGCAGGAUCUACAGGAAGUGACCCAGGACCUUCACUACGAGAACUUCCGCUCGGACCGCCUCAAACGGGGUGGAAGGUUGUCCUCCCAUGGUUACGUUCUGCCUCUGUCUCCUGCAAAGGGACCGGAGCCGGAGGAAAUGGACAAGGAUAUGAUCCUGCAGGAGAAGGAGGCUGAGUUGAGACGAAUGCAGGAGAUGAUCGCCAAGAUGCAGCUCCAGAUGCAGAAGCAGGGAGACGGAGAGGGCGACGGCCAACAUGUGUGAAAAGUCUACGGUAUUUGAGCCACUGCUCCAGUUUGACUAGAGAGAGGAGGAUGAUAGCAGAGGACGUGUAAAGGCUAUCUGGUUAUUGACUCGUACUGCUUGCCACUAUUUUUAUUCCAAUCCUACAUGGGAUCUGGAGUCUUUUUUUUUUUUAUACAUACAGUAAAGUAUAUUCAAACAAUGUUAUGUUUAUAUAUUUUCACACGGUUCUAUUUCUUCAUUUUUUAAAUUUUGUUUCAUUUUAUUGCCAGUUACUCAAAUGAAGUCACGCGACCCUUCUUUUAAAACGGUGGCAUAUAUCUUUGAUACAAACUGUUCAUUUUCCAUUUUUUUUGUUCCCUUACUCUUUUUUUUUUUUUUUGCUAUUUAGAAAACCAAAGUACUGCUGCUUGUAUUCAGUGCUUUUAGCUCUAAAGCAUCUCUCAGAUCACGUGCUAACCUUUGCUCUGUGAAAGAGCUUCAUUGGGAGAGUCCGCUAUGGUGAGAAAUAGUAGCUAAAGUAGCUUUUUCCGCCAUUUUUAUGCCAUUAUCUCGAUGUUCUUUUUGUCAAGAGAAAAGAUGAUUUCAUAUUCCCUCUGGUUAAGAAAUGACCACACAAGCUUCCCAUUAAAUAGUCCACCCUGCUCAGUGUAAAACAUAUCACCCACCUCAUCUGCAUGCAACUCUCGACCCCUUCUGGUCAACCUUUCAGGUGAAUUCUCCCUUUAGUGCUCAUCAGCUUCUCCCUUUCCUGUCAAAGACUUAACAUUAGUGCAGUUCUCAGAUCAGUGUCUUUAAGUACGAUGGCAGUCAAGUGUUGUUAAGCUCCUUUUAAAGUUAGAUAUGAAUUAAAUAAAACUGUGAGCCUUGACCUCUUCCAGUCUUCCUGUAGACAAAUGAAGGACGUGCUAAUGAGGCUCGAUGCCUCCGUUUGGUGCUUUCAAUCAACUCGAAGUAAUUACUCCAUGUUUCCUAUCCACUGUAAAGUGAAGUCAUGUGCCAGGGAGCAUUAACUGUUGUGUUUUCAUUGAUGCAGUGAAGAGGUAUAAAGUUUUACCUGUCCCAACUGCUGAGUACUUUGUGGUUUUCCACAACCGCAGAGAUUAAAAAAAUGACCUAAUGAGGUCAACGUAGCCAACGUCUCCCUCACCAGCCAAGAUGUGAGUUCUCGACAUUCCUCUUUGUGCUGUUUUUAGCCAAUUAUUAUAAAGCACCAAAUAUUGUUCUUGAUGCAUAUAUUGUAAUAAGUUUUAUUAAACUUUAUUAAUCUCUUCUGUGA